AUGCAAAUUAGACGAGUUGAAAUUGUGCGGAAUUUUGUUGCUCAGCAAAUUGAAGCAAUUCCAGAAAAUAGAAUCGCUAGGAGAUUAGUACGAUUAUACAGGGAUGAAAAUGGACAUAACGAUCAUUCUCGACUUGUUGAACAGCAACGUCGUAGUCGAAGUGAGCAACGAUUACAUGGAAGUGAAGAGGAUUCGAGAAGAGUAGCCGGCAUUAUCAGAAGAAGUUCAAUUGCGGGUUCCAGAAUAGGAUUCAGAUUUCAAGAUAGAAGAAGGUCCUUGCUGAGAGUUAGGAUAAGUUCCGGUUAUUUGGUUUAUUGUGACUUAUCGGAAGCAGUUCGUUCUUCCGGCAGCUCUGAUUUAAUGGCGAAGGAAAUAUCGAUUGCAAUACCGAUGGAGGAAGGCGAUCCGCUGGGAGCAGUUCCCAAUGAUAAACUGAUUAUUGUUAAGGUUCAACCAGGAACGCUCGCAGAAGGAAAUCUUAAGAUUGGUGAUCAAGUGUUGAAGCUAAACGGCACCAUUGUUCAAAAUUGCGACCAUUUCUUCCACCUACUUCGUUUUGCGCCGCCGUGCGCUACCAUAACAUUGGUGAGAGACGAAAAUAAGGCAGCUGAACUUGAAGCCAAAGUUCUCAUACCUCCGGAUCGGGCCAAAUUAAUCACUCGUCGUGAUGGAUAUAUAUAUUUUAUGGCUCGACUUGAGUGGAAGCCUGGUGGUCCGAGACUCGGUCUCGGUAUCAAACAUUACCAAAAUCGUGUGCUCGUGUCUCGGUGCGAUCCGGGUUCAUUGGCAUCGCAACAGCUGCAGGUUGGAGAUCAUUUGAUCGAUAUUGAUGGUCAUCCGGUCACUGAUAAAGAUGUGUGCCGUGAGCUUCUCCUGAAGAGUCUCCAGACAAACCGUUCCGUGACAAGCAUUGUAGAACGUCCGGAAACAAUGGAAGCCAGAUAUUGGGUACAAACUGCACUUGCGGCUUCAGCUGCUCAAGCUCCAUCAGUUGCGAUGAAUAGCGAUGUACGCGCUAUUGCAGCCCGAGAACGACAAAAAUUACAAAAAGCCGUUGCGCCAAAGAAAAGUUGUUUGCGAACGAGCAAUUCAACGGUAAAACGAGUGAACAUUGUCGAGGAUAAAGCAAUGGAGUUUAUAAUUGCCAGUGAUAACGAAGGCAAAAAUCUUCGUCAUGUCCGCAAAUAA